AGAGCACACGGCUAAAAAGACGUGCGCAUGUCAAGUUGCGAGUUGUGUUCGUUUUUCGUUCUGUGCCACAUGGCGUAUACGCGAUGCGGUCUUUGCCACUGCCUGCAUUGAGUAUUUCAAGUCAAUAAUGGUCAGUGGUCUGUGUUGCGGCUAUAGUGCGUGAGCUGAGUGGCAGAUAAUGUGUCAAUAAUUGAACUGGGCAAUCAGUAUUGCCAGAUCAGUAUGUGAAAAGCCAUAAUUCAAUUUGGAAGGAAAAUCAAUAUGGUCAGCAAUCCAGGUGAUGUGAUUGGAAAUAAGCGAAGCUAAGUGCAUCCAUUUGCAAUUGCCAAUUUGCGAGCUGAGCGGCUGCCUUGAUGGCUUGCCGCGAUUCCGUGGACAAAUAGCAGACAUUCUGUGACCCGCAGGAUAUGUUCGAUUGAAUGUAGCAACAACAUCCGCCACCGCAGCAGCAACAACAGCAAGAGCAACACCAACGAGCAACAUGUUGACAACACACCAUCUGCACCACCUGCACCACCAUCGCGGCAGUACGGCCGUGGAACUAGACAAGAUCACCAACCUGAAUACGCUCAUCGUGGAGAUCAACAGCCAUGUGGCGCUAUUUCGCGAUAUGCUGAUACACGUGGGGCAGGCCAAGGAUUGCCCCGAGCUGCGAGAGAAGAUCCGCAAGCUGCGACGCACCUGCGUGGAGGCACUCAAGCACACCGCCCAAAUCCUGAUGCCCCAGGUCAAGAGCGCCAUGGCCGAUGGCAUACUCACCGACAACCCGCACUUGGUGCUUCUGUUCUACAUGGCCCAGUUGUUCCUACGUGAACUUGUGAAAAGUUAUCGUCUCAUACAAGUCGUGCCAAUGGAUAUGUCCGGCUAUUAUGAAAACCGAGCUGGGCCUUCGAAUCUGGGCAAUGUCAUCAGCCAGAUAUUGUUGUGCAAACAGUUUACGCCCGACUUCAACGAGGAGGAAUUAUGCAGCAUCACCAAAGACUCCCAGGACAUAGCCGUGCUCCUAUCCGAGAUGCAGGAGUACAUGCCGCAGCACGAGGCGUACUUGGAACGCAACGCGGCCCUGGACACAACCGGACCUUGGCAGGCAAAAAGGCGCCAGAACUACAUAUGCAAGAACAUGAGCCUGCUGUGCUGCGUCUCCAGGCCAAACUAUCUUUGAGAGCAGGGGGAUAGUGUGUAGUCCGAGAUGAGCUAAGUCCCAUUCUCCCCCCUCAAAAAAAAGGUCACCGCACUCAACCACUACUUAUAUCAAUUACUAGCGCCUAAGAUGAGCCUGCAUACCCUGCGUAGAGGAAAUUCUAGAACCUAAGCCGAGGAGCAGAACACUUAAUUAGCAUUGUAACAUAAUCAAAGGAUGGCGAUGUUCUACUCCUCAGAGAGGCAUGUGUAUAAUCAAAGUUAAUUAUGCUGCAUAUACAAUAUUAAUGUAAAACCAAUCACACAUUACGGUUAUGGAUAUAUCUACUAUAUAUACACCGAUAUAGAGACGUUUAACUAAUGGAAUGGAGCCAGUUAAGACUUUUUAGGCCAUUAAAAUGUAGUCACUGUAUAGACCCAAGCAAAAACACACACACACAUACAUAUAUUCAUUAUCCAAAAAUGGUAUAAACCCUGAGUUAACAUUAAGAUUAGAGAGAGGCUGGGCCAAAAAAGGGAUCGACGGGUGCUGGGAGCAAAUGGCAGUUUAGUGGUAGUUCAAAACGAUGUAGCCUUCGUAAUUAAGUUAAAGGCCUGGCCAGGCAAGUGCUAAACAAAAGCAAUAACAAACAUGUUACUCAAGAUAAGUAUAUAUAUAUAUAUAUAAAACUAACCAUAUAGAAGUGUAAUUGAGAUGGGUCUAGGUUUCCGUUUGUUCAUUUCACGGUUUUCAAAGUGAACUCUGCACAGUACCUAAAAUCAGAACAAAUAAUCGAUCAACAAGCAAGCAACAUGUGACCAAUAAAACAUACAAAUUAACUAAAUAAAUCUGUUUAAAAAACAGGACUUAACAACAAAUCAAUAUCCCAUUCUCAAAUGAUGAUAAAAGAGAUAUAAGAGAGGGUGAGAGGCAACAGAGAAUCAGUAAAUAUUUAAGAAACCAAUAAAUAUUCAUUUCAGCAAAGAGUUGUUUCUAAUCACAGUUUAUCAAACUAAUUAAAAAGUAAUAAAUAAUUUUGAUUUAAAAUAAUAAAGAAGAGACCAAAAAUGCAACAAUUAAAUUAUUAAAGAUAGCAUUUUUACUGCCUCUUUGUUUUUGGCCCUAAAGGUCGAAUAAUGCAUGUAAAAUGAAGCUUUUGUUGGCAAAUGAAUUUAUUGCACAGCCAAAAUGAAUAAUUAUGUGCUUAUUGUGUUUUCGGUUCCAUUGAAAUCGCAUUAAAACUGCACAAUUUUAAUUUUUACAAAUUAAAAUAUGCUUUCAAAUGGCCACAGCUCAGCAUAUGGAAAAUUCAUAAGUUGGCUGUGUGGAAAUGUAAAAACAACUUUUCAAUCGAAUGCAUUUUUCAUUGGGAGAGCACAUUCUUUGGCGGUAUGUGGCGCAUAUUUAAUGGCAAUUAAUUGAAGAACUUCUUUUUUUUUUUUGUUUGCCAAUCGAAAUGGCAGGAAGUGAGCAGAAUUUGUUUAACAUUGUAAAUCAAUUUGUUGUGCAAACAAGUAAGUGCUGAUCAACUAUGCUUGGGCUCUUAACAAUUGUUGAAAUGACGCUGAAAGGACAAUGAAAAUGUAAAAACUCUGUUAGAAUGUCCGAAACACAAUGGUUCAAGUAGCUGGCAUAUAAUUGUACAUACUUGGAACCCAAAAAAAAAUAUAUAU